AUGGCGAUGAUGCAGGAGCAUAAAUCUUUCUUGAUCAGAGAUCUUCUGGGGGAUGUAUUGGCUGACCGAGUUCAAGAAGACUCGGAGAACGAUUCGAUGGUCCAUUCGGAUUCCGAAGACACUAUCGAUCCUGGCAGCAGCCCUUGCACGCGUCUAGGAAGUCCUCCACCGGCGCUUUCACCAUCGCCCGGUUUGGCAACCACAUCUGGGAAAUCUUGUGGGGUGAUGGUCAAUAGCGCACCACCGACUAGCAGGAAACCACGAAGACGACGAACCGCUUUUACUCACGCUCAGUUGGCUUAUCUCGAAAGGAAGUUCCGUUGUCAGAAAUAUCUCAGUGUAGCGGACCGCAGCGACGUCGCGGACGCUUUAUCGCUCUCAGAGACCCAAGUAAAAACUUGGUAUCAAAAUAGAAGGACGAAGUGGAAACGGCAGAAUCAAUUACGAUUAGAGCAGUUGCGUCAUCAAGCUACCGUUGAGAAAGAUCUUCUGGUACGUAGCGUGGGUCUUCAUCAUAGCAGCAUGGAUGCUUAUUGUUCACCAUAUAACUCGCAAACGCAAACCAGCCAUCCGCCACCACCGCCGCCGCCAUCGUCAGCAGCAUCUACUGCUUCUACGGCAGCGUUUCUCUCGACAGCGGCCGCACUCUUCCGGAACGUCACCUAUGUCCCUGGCUGCCCUCUCUAACACGUGUAAUCUUGAAGAUCUCAAGAUUAUUCCUGAAUCAGAACGAGCAAUUUAGCUCAGAGAUCUGAAGAAACAUUUCGAUGAACUACUUGUGCCGUGAGUGCUAAGCUAAUUCAGUGUUUCAAAAAAUUUUCAUUCA